UCUCCCCGAUCCCUCGUCACUUGUGCCCUCUCGUUCCGCCUCCAGCCCCAGGUUCAAGGAAGCCACCUGCUCUGCCAUGGUGCUCCGAGAGCCGCCGGACGAGUGAAAGCAAUUGACGCUCCUGCGGCUACAAAAAAUGGAUCCACCAGGCGCGCCAACGCCCCUCGAUGACGACGGCAGCCAUGCCGACACCCUGACUAUUAACACCCGUGUUGCCCGAGCCGAGCGAACCCAAUCAACACACCGAGAAGAUGAGGGAAACGCCACCGCCGAGCUCACUUCAAUUAUGUCGACGGCCUCAAACCCGGUAUCGCCGGGGACGCCGAGCCCGCCGCUGGACCCGGUGCGCAUGCAGGACUUCAUCCCUCCCACCCGACCCAGCAGCACCCCGUUUCCCCACCCGGAGCCACGCAAUACGGAACUGCGCUGCAUCAGCUGCCCGGCCAGCCGCUUCUUGAACACCGAUGCAGCGGACCCCGCGGGCCUGCUUACACUGCCUUCCCCCGGGACCGGCGCCAGCACCCGCCUCAGCCUCAAUGACCUCCCCGCCGAGAUCCACGAGUGUAUCCUCGACCAUCUGUUUGGUUUCCGAGUCUCGGCUACGUCCAAAAGCUCAGUGACACGAUGGGGUACCGCUCUGCGGCACCCGCGCAGGAAAGAACUGUCUGAGCUAUCUCUGGUGAGCGGGGCAUGGAGGGUGCUGGUACAAGAGCGGCUGUACCGGCACAUCAAGUUGAAGGCCUCGGUCGAGUCGCUGCACGCCGCGCUUGACUACUUGGCGACCAGGCCCCAUUUGCGAUCCUAUGUCAAGCACAUUGAGCUAUGGUUCCCCGUCUUCCAGCCCAAGUGCUCGCCCCUGGCCCUGUCCAAUGCGAACACGCUCCCGACGGUCACGCCCGACGGCCUGACGAGCGCGUCCUAUGUUCUGCCCGUGGAUAACUGUUCCCUCGAGGAGGCAUUCCAUUUUGUGGCGGAAGCCCUCCCGGAAGUUUGCGUCCUGACACUGCAAGGAGGUGAAAGGAAGAAGGCGCCGAAAGUGAGACACUGGGCCCGAGAGUCCCGCCGGAAGGAGGCCCGGGCGAUGCCAACGGUCCGCUCCGUCCGCACGCUCAUCUGCAAGGGGCAGUGGAACCUCAUACGGUGGGAGGAAGACUUCGAGACCAUCAUGUCGGCGCUGCCCAACCUGAAGGAAUGGCACGCGUCGUACAGUAAGCCCAAGUCCAAGAGCUAUCUCAGCAUGGCCGACAUCCUCGUGAAACCGAUGCGCCUGACCAGCCUUGACCUCUGCAUCGAGGGCGACUACCGCCGCGAGCUGUCGUUCCCGUCUUAUUUCAUCAAAGUGUCCAGCCGGCUGCAUUUUUGUUCGCGACUCGCCGUCGCCGCCGCAUCACCUACGCUGGAGCACCUCUCGUACACGGGCCGGGUCUGCAAGCAGUUCUUCGCCGAUCUCGUGGCUAGGCAGAAGGACCCGAGGCAGAGCCGCCUCAAGUCGAUCGACCUGACCGUGAAGAACUGCUGUCGGGACGCGGCGCACUGGAACGAAUCCGGGUCGGGCAUCACGGACAUGAGCUUCAUCAACGCGUUCGAGGAGCUGGUUAUCGCCGGCAUCCGGGCCCUGGGAAGGAUCAAGUCGGUCGAGCACCUCCGGAUCCGCUAUGUGGAUUUGGACUCGCCGUUCCCGCCGCUCAACCCGUACUUCCUCCUCCACGACGGAUGGUGCUCCGGCGUCUGGAGCGACGCCAUCAUCGCCGAGCUGAAUCGGGCCCGGCCGAACGCCCGCUUCGGGGAGCUGUCCGAAUCGUUCGGCGAGGUCGCCUACCGCAAGGACGGGCGCGUGACCAUCAACCCCGAGUUUCCGAAGUCGAGGGCGAUGUCGCUGAAGCUGUCCAACUACGCUCUGCUCAGCGCGGGCAUUGCGAUUUCGUGAUUCAUUCCUCUUGCCAGUAUGGGCGGUGGUGGUAGUUGCCAUCAAGGUGGUGUGGCGUGCCAGUCCUUUUGUCUUGCUUUUUCUUGCCUUGA